AGACGUCAAUCAGAGGAUUAUCCUCGUACGGGUAGGUCGGUGACGGUCUGCAGCGUUGAGCUUGAGCGGGUCAGUGGAGAAAGCAGUGCAUUUAAAAAGCGCCCAGGGAAGACACCGCAUUUACGAGCCGAGUUUUGUUUUUUGUUUUUUUCUUUCUAUCCGCUGCCUCCCUCCCUCCCUCCCUGCCUCCCUCCUCGGCCCUGCUUUGACUCCGCUCCGCUUCCACAAUGACUUGGUCGAGAGGAAUGCAGCGCCGGUUUACCUGAGCAAGUGUUUUCUCUCUCACUCAUUCUGCUCUGACUUUUUAAACAUUUCAUUGAACUGGAUGUCGUAUCGGACUUGCUGCAGCUGCUGCCAUUCUGAAACAUACAGGAGGACUCCUGCCUGUGUCAACUUGAGUGUUUAGGUUAUGUAGGUUGUGCAGAGGAGACAACAUGGGACUACCUGCUCUGGAGUUCAGUGACUGCUACCUGGACAGCCCGCAGUUCAGGGAGAGACUCAAGUCCCACGAACUGGAGCUGGACAAGACCAACAAGUUCAUCAAGGAGCUCAUAAAAGACGGGAAAGCUCUGAUCCAGGCUCUGAAAUGUCUGUCAACGGCCAAGAGGAAGUUUGCAGACUCUCUCAACGAAUUUAAAUUCCAGUGUAUCGGAGACGCCGAGACGGAUGAUGAGAUAUGCAUAGCCAAGUCUCUGCAGGAGUUUGCAGCUGUCCUACAGAACCUGGAGGAUGAAAGGACACGCAUGAUUGAAAACGCCAGUGAUGUGCUGAUUAUGCCUCUGGAGCGGUUCAGGAAAGAACAGAUCAGUGCAGCCAAGGAAGCCAAGAAAAAAUAUGACAAAGAGACAGAGAAGUAUUGUGCAGUGCUUGAAAAGCACCUUAGCCUUUCAGCAAGGAAGAAAGAGUCACAUCUACAUGAGGCGGACAAUCAGGUAGAUAACGUACGGCAGCAUUUCUACGAGGUUUCUCUGGAGUACGUCUUCAAGGUGCAGGAGGUUCAAGAAAGGAAGAUGUUUGACUUUGUGGAGCCUCUGUUGGCGUUUCUCCAAGGCCUGUUCACAUACUAUCAUCACGGCUAUGAGCUGGCAAAGGACUUCAACCACUUCAAGACUGAUCUCACCAUCAGCAUACAGAAUACAAGAAACCGUUUUGAGAGCACACGAUCAGAGGUGGAGUGUCUGAUGAAGAAGAUGAAGGAGAAUCCCCAUGAGCACAAGAGUGUGAGCCAGCACACCAUGGAGGGAUACCUGUUUGUACAGGAGAAGCGCUCAUUUGUAUCUACCUGGGUGAAGUACUACUGUACAUAUCAUCGAGAGCCCAAGAGGGUCACCAUGGUCUUGUUUGACCCUAAAUCUGGAGGGAAAAUGGGAGAAGAGGAGAGCUUCAUGCUCAAGUCAUGCACCAGGAGGAAGACAGACUCGAUAGAAAAGAGGUUUUGUUUUGAUGUGGAGGCUGUGGACAGGGCGGGAGUUAUCACCAUGCAGGCUCUGUCAGAAGAAGACCGCAGGUUGUGGAUGGAGGCCAUGGAUGGGAGAGAACCGGUAUACAAUCUGAACAAAGACAACCAGGCUGAAGGCAUGGCUCAGCUGGAUGUGAUUGGGUUCAACGUGAUGAAAAAAUUCAUCUAUGCCGUGGAGACUCGAGGUAUUGAUGAACAGGGCUUGUACAGAAUAGUUGGCGUCAGCUCCAGAGUACAAAAACUGCUGAACCUCGCUAUGGAUCCUAAGACAUGUGCUGACGUGGAGCUGGAAAACCCAGAGUGGGAGAUUAAGACUAUCACGAGUGCUAUCAAGCACUAUCUCAGGGUGCUGCCUGCGCCUCUCAUGACAUACCAGUACCAGAGGAGCUUCAUUAAAGCUGCCAAGUUGGACAACCCAGAGGCCAGGGUAACAGAGAUCCAUGCUCUGGUGCACCGGCUGCCUGAGAAGAACAGACAGAUGCUGGAGCUGCUGAUGAAACACCUGAGCACUGUAGCCAACAACCACCAGCAGAACCUGAUGACCAUCGCAAACCUGGGUGUGGUCUUUGGGCCAACUUUGCUCCGCCCACAGGAGGAGACGGUUGCAGCCAUCAUGGACAUCAAGUUCCAAAAUAUUGUUGUAGAGAUCCUCAUAGAGCACCACGAGAAGAUAUUCCGGGACGUGCCGAGUUCUGCUGGCGGUCUGACUAACAUGCAGCUCAACCUGCCCAGGAGGAGAAGCACAGAGAGUAAAGCUCCGUCCUGCAGCGAGAGGCCUCUCACACUCUUCCACACACCGACACAUUCACAGAAAGGUGAAAAGAGGAACAGUGUAGCUAAUGCCACAGUUUCUGAGCUGCAGCAGCCUGCCAACUGUAACAGCAGCAGCAGUAGCAACAGCAGCAGCCAAGGUCGAACUCCAAGACACAGCCUGACCAGCAACGACGGAGAUCAGGACACCCGGCAGAUCCGGCCCAGCUCGCUGCUGAACCCAAAGAGUCGUAGCAGUAUACCAACCAGUGCAACAUCUCCCAGCCCCACCUCACCGCGCUCUCCUUCCUGGCCGAUGUUCUCAGCCCCAUCAAGUCCUCAGCCGACAUCCUCUGCCUCUAGUGACUCCUCCCCUGUCAGUAUUGUGGGCAGGAAGGCUCGAGCGCUGUACGCCUGCAAGGCAGAGCAUGACUCCGAGCUGUCCUUCAUUGCUGGGACCAUCUUUGAGAACGUUCAUGCCUCCAGGGAACCAGGUUGGCUGGAAGGGACUCUGGAUGGUCGAACAGGACUGAUACCAGAGAACUAUGUGGAGUUUUUAUAGUCCAGGGCUGGGAAAAACGCUUGAACUGGAUGAUAACUGAACUGAAGUUGACCAAAACUGGACUGUAGAGGCCUACAACAGACUGCACAAGACUGAACUAAUUAUUAGACCGUAUACUAUACUGGACUGGACCAUUGUUGAUGAGACCACUCUUGACCAGGAAUUAAUACUGGACCAAGCAGAACCAUAUGGAAUGGAUAUGACACAGGAACGAAGCAGAGCUUGGAUUUAGGGGAGACCCAUGAAUUGCACUGGAAAAAAAAAAAUCUCUCUCUGUGGUUCUGGCUGUUAUUGGAUUAGUGUGGAUGACUUCCCAAGUCCUGGUGAAUGUGAUGUGGUAAUGAACCUGGAAUGUGUGUGUGUGUGUGUGUGUGUGUUUGUAAAUGAGUUGCUAUUUCUGAGCUGUGAGGCUUGUGAUUUUUCAGCCCUUGCUUUAUUAUUUUGAACUGCGCUGCCACUGCUUCAGCAUCUCCUCUUUUUAUCAGCCAGAAAGAGAAAGAUCUUCCUGCGGAGAUGACGGAGAUGAUGACAGGGAUCGUAAAACAAAGCAAGCAGCCUUUAACUUUGGACUUGCUAGUUCACCUCCUCACUGUGUGCCCUGUGUUUGAAUGAUCGCUAAUCGCGUUGGGGGGGGGGGGACUGGAGUUUUUAAAGCCGAUUUAAAUGAUUGGGUUUUGUUGUACAGCUGUAAAUGUGUUUGUUAGCACUUGCUGUGGCAGCCCGGUAAUUCCCUAGGACAAGACUCAACCUGGGUAAUGUUUCAGAGCUCCAGUUCAGCAGCAAGAGCCCCAAGGCAGAUCAACACAGGAUGAGGUUGCCUUGAAAAACAGUUCGCUGAAAGGUCAGCCUUGGGUUUAUCCUUAUUUAUAAUGCCUCUCCCUGCAGAGCCCUCACAAAAAAUGUGAAAAAUUUCAAACAAGCUCCACAAGCAGAUCAGUGGUUUACAAAGCAACAGAGGAGUAACAACUGAUUCUUGCUGGUUAAAACAAGCCCAGCUGUGAGGCCUCGCUCUGCUUCCACAGAUAUUUUUUGAUAGUUGGAAAUAAUUGGAUAUAGUAUAGUGUUGCGUCAUGUUUGCACUAUUUCAAUCCAGUCUGGGAAUUCUCACCAACCAACAUCUUAGAGCACAGGUGUUCCAAACCAUCAAGUUUUGGUUGAUCAUAUGUAUUUAUUAUAAGAAAUAGCAUUUCCCCCUCUAAUCUUAAAGGUAAUGUAGAUGCUUUUUACCAUCAUCCAGUAAUCAGACAACAUCAUUUAAAGUCAAUGUAUGACAGUUACGUACAGUAUGUCAUGACACAUCACAAGUGUUCUGUUUUAAUGUAAAUCACAAGGACGUUGCUCAUCUGAUGAGGAUGAAGACUUUACAGUCAAUGCUGUCAUUCAUAUUUAAACAAAGUACAGAUGUGGUUUUCAGAGCAGCUUAGACAUUUGAAGGAAAGAUAAAUCUUUCAGAGAUGAUCAGAUAUUAUAUCAAAGCUGGUCUGCUUUGGGGCUCCAGUGAAUGUCCUCAUUUCAUGAGUCUGAGUUGAACUUUUCGCUUGAACCACUCGGUGUCCGUGUCAACUUUUCUGAAACGUUUUUUUUUUUUUUGUUGAACUUUAAAUUUUCUUUCAGGACAGACUAUUGAAAGAACAUUUUAGCAUUUUAACAUGAGAAUCAAAUGGUAGAGUUAAAAAAGCAAAACAAAAACAAAACUUAAAUGUGAAAUGAGACUACUUUGUUCAUACCUGAACUUCUUAUUUAUGAGAGUUUCUUAAAGGCGCAAUCCUGAACUGUAUUCAUUUUGAGGUGUUUUAUGGACAUUGUAAAUAAAUACACAGCAAUUGAUAAGGUAUAAUUUUUUUUAAGUAUGAAAUUUUAUAUUUUGUAUUUUUAGCAUACUAACUUAAUUCCUUAAUUACAUCUUUGUUGCCCAGAUUUUUGUAUCAUUUAAGUUUAAGUCAAUCUACAGCCUUAAAUAUUCUUCCAGAUGUUUUGGUGAAUUGACAAGAUUGUGCAGAAUUAAAGAUAAAUGUUCAACAGCUG